UAUUCAUCAUUAUUCAGUCAAAGUACUACUGUUUACUGUGUAAUUACAAUGAAGUUCUUCACAAUCUUAUUCCUAUUCACAAUACUUACGGUUAUCUGUGCUAAACCUGCAACUACAGCAGCAGAUAAAGAACAAACGACCGCAGCUCCCGAAUCCGAAAAAGCUGACAGCCCAACGGAAUCCGUCGAUUCUCCGGACGUGAAAACAGACGACAAGGCAAAGCCUAGGCCGGAUAUGAAACCGAUCGAGAUCAUACAGCAAGUGAUCAAAGACGCCAUUGAACGUGUGUCUGGCGGCUUGAUGGAGAGUGCAAAAUUCCCUCUGUUUCAUUUUUAAGUCGUGCUUCGCUACAGCUUUCGGAUUCUGUUGUCCAUUAAUAACAAAAAUACAACCUUCUUCAGCGUGAAUACUUGA